UACACAGACGUCAUUGCUGAAGCUUACUGAUGACAUCAAACAGACAAUAGAUAAAAAUCUGAGCAAGGCUUUUGAUUAUGUCGAUCCAAUGGUAAUAUUAUGGUUCUACUCAUACUCAUUAAAUAGAUCUCAAUCAAUACUAGACGAAUUCAGAAUUCCAAUUAAGCUUUUAGAAACAACAUCGGGAGUUUCCAAAGAAUCAAUUCUUGAACCAAUCUUAUUUUUGAUAGUCAUGAACGCAGAGGUCAGAAGGAUAAUCUACUGCAAGCAUGGACUAUUUGACGAUGAUAACUUCAUGAUGCUGUCAGACACUGUUGAUGCUCAAGCGAUUGCAGAUUGGGUAAAAGAACAUAGCCUAGAGUUAAACUUGUCAAAAACU